AUGAGUGAAGGCAAAUGGCCAGCGCAAAAGGUGCGCCAGACCUUCUUCGAUUUCUUCGAGCAGCGGGGUCACUCGAUCGUCCCUUCCGGCUCCGUCGUCCCUCACAAUGACCCUACCCUGCUCUUCACCAACGCGGGCAUGAACCAGUUCAAGCCCAUCUUCCUCGGCACCGUCGGCAAAACCGACCCCAUGUUUUCUCUGAAGCGCGCCGCCGACUCCCAAAAGGUCAUCCGUGCCGGUGGCAAGCACAACGAUCUCGACGACGUUGGCAAGGACAGCUAUCACCACACCUUCUUCGAGAUGCUUGGCAACUGGUCCUUUGGCGACUACUUCAAGAAGGAGGCCAUCGCCAUGUCCUGGGAGCUCCUGACCAAGGUCUACGGUCUUGACCCCCGGCGCCUCUACGUCACCUACUUUGAGGGCAACCCCUCUCUCAACCUCGAGCCCGACCUCGAGGCCAAGGAGCUGUGGAAGGCCGUCGGCGUCCCCGAGGACCAGAUCCUCCCGGGAGACAUGAAGGACAACUUCUGGGAGAUGGGCGACCAGGGCCCCUGCGGACCCUGCAGCGAGGUGCACUACGACAAGGUCGGCGGCGGCCGCAACGCCGCGCACAUUGUCAACAAGGACGAACCCAUGGUCGUCGAGAUCUGGAACAUCGUCUUCAUGCAGUAUGACCGUCAAAAGGACAGGAGCCUGAAGCCCCUCCCCGCGAAGCACAUCGACACCGGCAUGGGCUACGAGCGUUUGGUCUCGGCCCUCCAGGACACCGAGUCCAACUACGCGACCGACUGCUUCACCCCCAUCUUCAACCAGAUCCAGACCGUCACAGGCGUCAGGCCCUACACCGACAAGUACGGCAAGGACGACGCCGACGGCAUCGAUACCGCCUACCGAGUCGUCGCCGACCACAUCCGAACGCUCUCCUUUGCCAUCUCCGACGGCGCCGUGCCCAACAACGACGGCCGCGGCUACGUCAUCCGACGGAUUCUCCGCCGAGGCGUUCGCUACGCACGAAAGUAUCUCAACGCCGAGAUCGGCUCCUUCUUCUCCAAGAUCCUCCCCGCCUUGGUCGACCACAUGGGCACCCAGUUCCCGGAGCUCGUCAAGAAGAGGCAGGACAUCGAGGAGAUUCUUGACGAGGAGGAGGAGGCUUUCGCGCGAACCCUCGACCGUGGCGAGGCCCAGUUUGAAAAGUACGCGGCCGAGGCGGCCAAGAAGAAUGUCACCAAGCUCGAUGGCGGCGUCGUCUGGCGCCUGUACGAUACUUUUGGCUUCCCCGUCGACUUGACGAAGCUGAUGGCCGAGGAGCGCGGUCUCGACAUCGACGAGGCCGAGGUGAACGCCGCCAAGGAAAAGGCGAGGGAGGCGAGCAAGGCGGUCAAGGGCUCCGCCGAUACCUUCUCCAAGCUCAACGUCCAUCAGAUCGCCGAGCUCGAGCAGCAGCUCAACGUUGCUCGCACAAACGACGACGCCAAGUUCUCCAAGGGAGACAGCAAGGCCAAGGUGCAGCUCGUCUUCGACGGCAAGACCUUCCACAGGUCGACCAAGGACCUCCCGCCCGCCACGGCGAUUGGCAUCCUCCUCGACAGCACCAACUUUUACGCCGAGUCGGGUGGCCAGGUCGCCGACACGGGUCGAGUCGUCAUCGACGACGUUGUCGAAUUCAAGGUCAUGGACGUGCAGAACUUUGGCGGCUACAUCCUGCACAGCGGUUACGUCGAGUACGGCGUGCUCUCGGCCGGCGACGAGGUCAUCUGCGAGUACGACGAGCUUCGACGGUCGCCCAUCCGCAACAACCACACCGGCACCCACGUUCUCAACCACGCUCUGAGGGAAGUCCUCGGCGAGGACAUCAACCAGAAAGGCUCCCUCGUCGACAGCGAGAAGCUGCGCUUCGACUUUUCCCACAAGACGCAGGUCAAGCUCGAUGAGCUGCAGAAGAUCGAGGACUCUUCGAAUGCCUACAUCCGCAGGGGCUCCAAGGUGUACGCCAAGGACGUCGACCUGGAUCUUGCCCGCGAGAUUGAGGGUGUCCGUGCCGUCUUCGGCGAGACGUAUCCCAACCCCGUGCGUGUCGUGUCGAUCGGCAUGGACAUCGACACCAUGCUCAAGGACCCGAAGAAGGAGGAGUGGCGCCAGUACAGCGUCGAGUUCUGCGGUGGCACCCACGUCGACCACACGGGUCUCAUCAAGGACCUCGUCAUCGUCGAGGAGAGCGGCAUCGCCAAGGGCAUCCGUCGCAUCAUCGCCUACACCGGCGAGGCGGCGCACCAGGUCCAGCGCGAGGCUGUCGAGUUCUCCAAGCAGCUGGAUGCCCUCGACGCGCUGCCUUUCGGCCCCGAGAAGGAGGCGCAGCUCAAGGCCGUCUCGGUCGCGCUCAGCCAGCUGGUCAUCUCGACACUCACCAAGGACAAGUUGAACCAGCGGUUCCAGAAGAUUUCGACGGCCGUCGUCAACGAGCAGAAGAAGCGGCAGAAGGCCGAGGCCAAGACGGCGCUCGACACGGUGCUCAAGCACUUUGAAAAGAACGAGGACUCAAAAUGGUUCGUCGGCAGGCUGCCCAUCGGCGGCAACGCCAAGGCCCUCGCCGAGGUCUUCAAGCAUUUCCAGGGCAAGGAGAAGGAGAAGUCGGUGUACCUGUUCGGCGGCAACGAAGCGGAGGGAACGGUCGUGCACGGCGUCUUUGUCGGAUCGCACCUGUCGUCUCAAGGCGUCACCGCUGAGCAGUGGGCAGGCUCCGUCUCCGGCGUCGUCGGCGGCCGCUCCGGCGGAAAGGAGCCUUUGCGCCAGGGCCAGGGUACGAACCCGGAGAGGAUUGACGAUGGCGUAGAGGUGGCUGUCAAGUGGCUGGAAGAGAAGUUGAAGCUGUGA